AAUAAAUUGUCGCUCAUUAUAAAUACACAACUGGCCACAAUCGUUGGCAGGAAGACCUGCAGCAUAUUUCCAAAUCAAUCUUCCAGCAGCCUAUUAGGGCAUUCAAUGAGUCGAGAGAUGAACCUGGACGUCCCAGACGGGAAUUUAUCCCGUCGCAGCUCCAUGACAAGCAGUCAAGGGUCCGAGGCACAAAUUGAUGAGUUCGAGCUCGAAGCUCUUUUAUACAGAGAUGACAUGGCCGGAGACGAGAAUGUAGGCGACCAUAGCGAUAUCGACAUCGAAAUCGAGGUGGCGGAAAAAGAGCACGCUCUCUCUGGCUCUAUGGGUAUGUUGUUGGAUGAUAUUUCAUCCUACCAAGAGACUCUGCACAAGGCGGCUUUCUGUGGCAACAUGGAGUUGCUUGCCAUGCUGUACAAGGAUGGUGCAGAUAUCAACGCACGUGAUAACUACGGACAGACAGCUCUUCACUGCGCGAUUCUCGGCAAGCAACACGAAGCAGCGAGAUUUCUACUGAACCGCAAGGCCAGGGUCCACGUGCUCGACGAUAAGCAGGACACGCCUGUCCACGUGGCCGUACGCAUGGGAGACCUCGACCUUCUCAAGGCUUUAUGGGAGUCAAGAUUUCGUAAGACAUCCAGUACUUCAGGGACAGUGAGUUGGAUAGAGCCCAGACCCAACACGGGCUCACGGUUGGAGCUACUGAUUGACCCGCAUGCAGACGUGAACUUCAAGGGCCCUGACCAGCUUUCCGCUCUUCAUAUAGCAGUUCAAACAGACCACGAGAACGUGAAAAGCAUCUGCCAAUUACUCCUUCUGGCUGGUGCGGAUGUCUCGGCGAGAGACGUUAAUAACCGCACGCCACUGUGUCUUGCCAUCAUCAAGGGAGCACAUGAAGUGGUAGAUUGCCUCUUUCGACACGCGAAUGCACAUAAGCGUUAUGACAUCAAUGAGCUGUUGUAUGGCGUGGAUUUGAACGGCAGCACACUGCUCCACCUUGCUGUCGACACCGGCCAAACCCAGAUUGUCGAGCUUUGCAUUCGUUAUGGAGCAAGGGUGGAUUACGUCAAGGAAUCUGAUGGCACGACGCCUAUUCACAUGGCGUGUACGUACGGUUCCUUGGACAUCCUGAAUAUUCUGCUGAGCUCUGUUAACUACGUCUACUCGUAUUCCCUGGCGGACAAACAGGGAUUUACCUGUCUACACAGGGCGGCAAUGUUUGAUCAUGAGGACAUCGUAAGAUUUCUACUCAAACAGGGCAUAGAAGUGAAUGACCUUGACCUUGAACUGCGCACCCCUCUGCAUCUCGCAGCGUCCCGCGGGUGUACCCGUACGGUCGAGGUCUUGCUACAAACUGGCGCAGACUGUAAUAUCAAGGAUGCUAAGAACAGAACGAUCAUUCACUCAGCGGUCGGGCACUCCGAUACUCUAGCAGCUCUUCUAAAGAGCGUGUACGUGCGCGAGCUGCUUGUAGAGGUGGAUGAACACGGAGCGACCGCACUUCACUACGCGGCACAGGGGGGAUUCCUUAAGAAUGUGUCUCUUCUAACCAAGAAAUGGAGACGGCAGGUUUCGGACAACUUUGUAGCAACAAGGAUCCGGAAUCAUAAGGGCGAGCUGCCACUCCACCUUGCAGCAAGCCACGGAUGGCUGGAUGUCGUGAACAAGCUCCUUGAAGUUCGGGACUUCCGUCAACUUGAAUCAGUGGACGACAUGGAGCGAACUCCUCUAUUCCGCGCGGCCGAGAUGGGUCACACGGAGGUGGUGACGGCGCUGCUGCAGAGUGGCGCUAAUAUCAAUAAAGAUCGUGAUGGGCGUACCCCUCUGCACGCAGCAACGAUCGUUGGAUCCUUAAGAUGUCUAGCGCAAAUCAUUCACAGCAAGCCUGGUACUAUAAACGACCAGGACAAGGAACAGAACACUGCCCUCCAUCUAGCAGCGCAAGGCGGCCACGCCAAUCUGGUUAAGUUCCUCCUGUCAAUCAAUAGCUCAAAGGUGCUGUUGAACGCGUAUAACCAGAACGUGCUGGAUGUGGCCUUGAGUAUGGAGCACGCGGAGGUCGCCUUGGUGUUGGCUGAUCACAAGAGAUGGCGUGAGGUUUUACGACGCUCUACGCGCAGUUCGCCGAGUCAGAUUCAGUUGAUGGUCAGAUCGUCACCACACGUGGCAGAUAAAUUUUUGGAUAACUGCGUUACAGAGGAAGGUAGUCCUGAGAGCCCUAACUACAAGAUAAAAUACGAUUUCCGUAUGUUGCAAGGAAUGCCAGACGAGAAUGAGCCCUCACGCGCCUCCUUGGAUGCUUUAGAGACUAUGGUUAAGUACAAGCGGCUGGAUUGCCUAACACAUCCACUCUGCCAAGCCUUCCUUGACAUCAAAUGGCGUAAAGUCGGACUAAAUGAGAUCAUUCCCCAGUCUAUCCUUUUCUUCACUUACAUCCUGACUCUAGGCAACUUUAUCCUUUACCAGCCGUGUGGCAUCUCGGAGAGACGACCUCAGAAAAGCAUCCAUAACUACUCCUGCGUCGACGGCAACAUCUUGCUGUAUGGAACUUGGCCUUUUGAAGCGCGAGUGGACCACCUUACCCGUCUCCGUGUGAUGUACUGGAUCUGCUUGACGAUCUGUUCACUACGCGUACCUAAAGAGAUCUCCAUCAUGAAACAGGGCAUGGUUCGGUACGUCACUGAUAUGGAGAACGUGUUCAACUUUGUUGUGAUGGUAGCCACGUUCAUAUUCUUCCUCUAUGUCAUCCCUUUCGGUCGUCCGGAUGUCGGACAGAGGGCGAGUGCCGGAUAUAUCCUGACCGUGUUAUUGGUCAUAUGUAGUGGUAUCAUCUACAUCAAGCACUUGAGAAGCUACAAGGUUUUUGGAUUGUACAUCACCAUGGUCAUGAAAAUAAUUAAGACUUUUCUUAGAGUCAUCAUUCUCUUAAUCAUGUUUAUUUUGGCAUUCGCGUUUUCAUUUUACAUGAUGAACGUGGACACUGAUAGACUGGUGUUCCGUAGCCUGUUCCAAUCCGUGUGCACGACCUUUGUGUGGAUGCUCGGCGAGUUUGAGUACAAGAGCACGUUUGUUGACAGCCCGCCCACAUUCCAGCCAGUCCUCUUUUACUUUUUCUUCAUCAUGUUUGGCGUCAGCGUGCCCAUCAUUUUCUUGAACCUUCUGAUUGGUCUUGCUGUGGGUGACAUCGGUAGAAUACAAGCUUCCGCUGAGCUCGAGGUUCACGCACGACAGGUGGAACGUCUAAUUCAGAUCGAGAGAGGUGCUCCUAAGGUGAUACUAAAGCGAUCUAAAGUGACAGAACACUUGGAAUUUCCUAAUGCUAAAGGAACAAUCAGGAAAAAGAUUGUUGACAUAAUUGUAAGCUGGAUAACCCAACGCAGAGAAGACAAAAAACAAGACACACUGACAGCCCGCCUGGAUAAGCAUCAACAGAGAUUGGACGAGAUGAAUGCGCUGAUCACUCGACAAAGCAACCAGUUCGUGCAUAUCAUGCAGUCAAUGAGACGCAUCGAGGAGUUUUUAUCUUCACCUUCCUCGUAUGACGCUACUUCCACGUCAUCACUAGGCUGAAUCUCUAGCGAUAUGACCGCGUCCUAUCCUACCUCACGAUAUCACCGCGUCAAAUCCUACCCGCAAAAUGACCGCAUCCUUUCCUAGCCGCAAUAUGGCCGCGUCCUAACCGCGUGAUAUCCUAGCCGCGAUAUGACCGCGUGAUAUCCAAGCCGCGAUAUGACCGCGUCCUUUCCUAGCCGCGAUAUGACCGCGUCAUAUCCUAGCAGCGAUAUCACCGAAUCCUAUCAUCCUAUCCUAUCCUACCUCACGAUAUCACCGCGUCAAAUCCUACCCGCAAAAUGACCGCGUCCUUUCCAAGCCGCGAUAUGACCGCGUCCUUUCCUAGCCGCGAUAUGACCGCGUCAUAUCCUAGCAGCGAUAUCACCGAAUCCUAUCAUAGCCGCGAUAUGACCGCGUCCUAUCCUAGCCACGAUAUGACCGCGUCCUCACCGCGUGAUAUUCUAGCCGCGAUAUGACCCCGUCCUAUCCUUGUAUGUCAUGCAUCGCGUGUUUCUAUCUCGCAUGGCGCCAAUUUCAUGUCACAACUAGGCCUAGGACACCGCGAUAAAACCGCGAGCUGACUGCGUUCUCGCGUUGGUAUGCUUGCCAGAUAGACGAGGCCGCACUGUCUUUGCUUUAUAUUCGGAAAAGAUGGGAUUAGGAUGCGGGAAAAUAAGCUCUGAAAAAGAAAAAUUUUAAGAUAAAAGAUAAUUUUUACGUUUCAUGUACCAUUUAGUUUCUAAAUUUAUUAUCCAUUUUAAAAUUAUCACAUCACUGUCAAUUAUUUCAAUUAGGAUGUGAUUUUUUAUUUUAUCUUAGAUCAUUUUUAUCAAAAAUUAAAGACAACUAUCUCUUGAA